AUGGAAUACGCAGUCUAAUCUGAAAAAAUUAGCAUUUAAGAUGGGAAGAAAUAUGUUGAUACAUUCAAGGCUUAUCAAAGAAAGACACCAAACAUGAUUUGUGAUAACUUUUAAACAGUUGGAAACAGCAAUCAUGGAUAUGUUCCAUUAGUUGCAAGUAAUGUGGUUUAUAUGGAGGAGCUAAAGAAACUUAUGUUUGAUAAAUUUAUGGUAGACUAGCAGGGCUUAUUGAAAGAACAGUAGCUAAGAAACAAAGAAGAAUUUUUACUAAAGAAGAAGAAUAUGAACUUAGUUGAUGAAGUAAUGGUUGGAAUCAUAAGGUCAGAAAAAGGAUUGGCAGCGAUAAAAGGACUUGUAAAAUCUUACUUCAUGAAAGUGAUGCAAGACAAGGAAUAUGAAAAUGGAGGCUGCCAUGGUUAAAUGUAGGAGGAAUUUGAGAACUUAGUCUUCAAAACCUGA